UCUGUUGUUGGUUUCUACAUACCGCGGUGAAAAUCCGCACGCUGCGAAUCAAUGCGCAUGCGUGACUCUAAUUUAGCGGUGUGAAAUAUCAUAUCGCAGGGCAGAGGAGCAGAUGACCUUCCUCCUGGUGCACGCUUUCCUUUGUGCUUCAGCAACCGCAGUCAGCAGCUACGCCCUCUAUGUCGAGCACUCUAACGCCAGAGACGACGACUAUGAAGCCAUGUGCGACUUGGGCCCGCAGAUGUCCUGCUCUAGCGUCCUCACCUCCAGAUACGGCAGGGGGUUCGGCGUUCUGGGCGACUUGUUAGGAGACGAGCACCCGUUGAACGUGAACAACGCAGUCUAUGGAAUUCUUUUCUAUGCUUGUAUUGCCCUGUUAGGAUUUCUAGGCUCCAAAAGGGUCAUGCUGCCUGUGAUAAUCGCAGGUGAGCUAGUAGGUGCGGCUGACUUCAUCUACCUGGCAUACAUCAUGGCCUACGUACUGAAUGACACGUGUCUAGUUUGCAUCGCUCUUUACUCUCUACAUUUUUUGCUGAUCGUGCUACACGUCUACCAAUACUGCAACACUAUGAACUAC